AUGGACACAAUUGACGCCGUGAUAUAUUUCUCCACAUGGAAUGUAGUGGGAUUCGUCACGGGUAGCUUCUUCGGCUUCCUCCUCGAUUCAUUCGCCAACAGUCACCCUCUAGAAGUCGCCUUUUUAUACCACUACAUACUCAGCUUCAUCUUCAUCGCCGUGUUGUUUGUGCCCGUGGUCUUUGCCCGCCGCCCCGGGACCUUUUCAUGGCGCCACCGGUUCCCCAGCACCGAAGAGGCUUUUGACUUCAUCAAGCUCCUUGUCUUCUGGUGGCUCGUCCUCUUCAUGCUCGGCGUCUUGCUGGAAGGCCUCGCGCUCGGGACCUUUGCGCUUCCGUAUAUAGCAGGCUGGCGCCAGGAGCAUUGCGACGACCCCGAGUAUAUACCGGUGUCGACGAUGCUGAUCCGGGCGAUUGACGGGAUGGCGAGGGAUGUUGUCGUGGCAUAUAGAGAAAUUACUUGGUUGGGCUUAAGAGGGCUUUUGUGGAGUGGCGGCUGCGUGAGCGGCUGCGAAACAAGUUUGCAAAAAGACGAACUUUGA